GGUUACAUGGUUGAUUGGUCAAGGAAGUACUAAUCUAGUUUGACCCGCAGUCAUCACCAACGAAGCGACCCCGCUACGCCUUUCGUGCCCAUCUCAAAAAGCGGCAUCUCUUCUUCUCCCGAUCUCGAUCGCCACCCUUCUCCUCCUCCUCGAGUCGCUGCCGGAUCCCGCGUUCGAUCAGUGAGGCUGGCCAUGGCGUCGCAGGAGUACCUCGACAAGAUGCAGCUCCGACAGAGCUACCGGAACGUCUGGCACACCGAUCUAAUGAGCACCAUUCAGGCCGACUUCCCCUUCUGCUGCCUGGCGCUUUGGUGUGGGCCAUGUGUCUCCUACAUGCUUCGCAAAAGAGCUCUUUACAAUGACAUGUCAAGGUAUGUCUGUUGUGCGGGUUACUUGCCAUGCAGUGGAAAAUGUGGAGAAAGGCGAUGCCCAGAGUUCUGCCUUUGCACUGAGGUCUUUUUGUGCUUUGGCAAUUCUGUUGCUUCAACUCGCUUCUUACUCCAGGAUGAGUUCAACAUACAGACUACUCAAUGCGAUAACUGCAUUAUUGGAUUCAUGUUUUGUCUGCAACAAGUUGCUUGUAUCUUUUCCAUCGUUGCGAUGAUUGUCGGAAGUGAGGAGAUCCAAGAAGCUUCCCAGAUAUUAUCCUGUAUGUCUGACUUCGUGUACUGCACGGUCUGCGCGUGCAUGCAGACACAACAUAAGGUCGAGAUGGACAAGAGAGAUGGCAAGUUUGGACCACCGCCAGCGAUGGCUGUGCCACCAGUCCAGCAGAUGUCUCGCAUUGAUCAACCCAUUCCACCUCCUGCUGGAUAUGCCCCGCAGCCAGCUUACGGGCAACCAUAUGGUUAUCCUCCUCCUGCAUAUCCCCCGACCGGCUACCCGCCGGCUUAUCCACCUGGUUCAUACCCACCAGCGGGAUCAUAUCCGCCACCUGGUUCUUACCCUGCACCUGGUUAUCCCCCUACUGGAUAUCCCAAGUAAAAUCCAUCCAUCGGAAAGCCAUUCUGUCUUGUUCGCUAGUGAGUAUGCCCCUCUCUAGUAGGUUCUUUUAAACAAUUACUGUCAUUUAUGUUGUAAUUGGUUGCUAGACGACAUGUUUAUAUAUACAUUGGUAAGCAUUUGGUGACA